AUGAUUUUAAAUUUAGGGGCAUUACACGUACCAUGGGCAGCAAAGGUGGCUCAUGCCCACAAUCUUGAAUCCACUCUCCUUUGGUGCCAACCAGCUAGUGUCUUGGAUAUUUAUUAUUACUAUUUCAACGGCUAUGAAGAGUUGAUAUCUUGUAACAAUAACAACCCAACAUUUACUAUCAAUUUACCUGGACUUCCAUCGUUAACCAUUGCUGAUUUGCCAUCCUUUAUGUUGUCAUCCUCUCCCAAGGAGCAUAAAUUUGUUAUGGAAUUUAUUAAAGACCAUGUUGAUGCACUCAAGAUAUUUUCAAGAAUACUUGUGAACACUUUUGAUGAACUUGAAAUUGAUCCCAUCAGAGCAAUUGAAAAAGUUGUGAUGCUUCCGGUUGGGCCCCUCGUACCAUCUGAAUUCUUCGAGGGAAGAGGGCCACCAAAUAGUUCAUUCAGUUGCGAUUUAUUCGAAAAGCCAAUGGAAGAUUAUAUCAAAUGGCUUAACACAAAGCCAAAAUCGUCUGUCGUGUAUGUUUCAUUUGGAAGUAUGGCGACUUUGUCAAUAGAACAUGUGGAGGAGAUGGCAUCUGGGUUGGUUGAAAGUGCCCCACCAUUUUUAUGGGUGAUUAGAGAUAGUGGCCAAGUGGGGAAAUUGAGCAAGAUAGAGGAACUUAAGAAACAAGGGAUGAUAGUGAGUUGGUGUUCUCAAGUGGAGGUAUUGAACCACCAAGCAAUUGGGUGUUUCCUUAUGCAUGGUGGGUGGAAUUCGACGAUGGAGGCGUUGGCAACCGGUGUUCCAACGGUUGUGUUUUCGCAAUGGUCGGAUCAGGCGACCAAUGCAAAGAUGAUUGAAGAUGUUUGGAAAACAGGUGUUAAGGUGAAAAGAAGGGAGGAAGAUGGAAUGGUGGAAGGGAAGGAGAUUAAGAGGUGUGUGGAAAUGGUAAUGGAAGAUGAAGAAGUGAGGAGAAAUGCUAAGAAAUGGAGGGAGUUAGCAAGACAAGCUAUUAAUAAUGAAGGAUCAUCUGCCAUCAACCUAAAAGCCUUUCUGGAUGAUGCUUGA